GGCGGCAAAAGAAGUGUAAUUUGUUUUAAACUAUUUCAUCACAAAAAUGUCGACCAUAGAGAAACUGUCUAUACAAGGAGUACGUAGCUUUGGGCCCAACUCCGAAGAUGUGCAAAGCAUAACAUUUGCCUCGCCUAUUACGCUGAUUUUAGGACAGAACGGCUGCGGCAAGACAACCAUAAUUGAAUGCCUCAAAUUUGCACUAACAGGGGAAUAUCCGCCAGGCAGUGAUCGUGGAAAGAGCUUUGUGCACGACCCCAAGAUAUUUGGACGCAAUGAAUCUUUGGCGCAAAUAAAAAUGCAAGUACGCGAUAAGAUUGGCGCGCGUCUUUCGAUUUGUCGCAGCAUGAAGGUCUCCAUCAGGCGUGACAAGACCAACUUUGAGACCAUUGAUACGACUAUAAAUUUCCUGGAUAGCAGCGACGGCAAAGUUAAGGGUCGCAAUCAUGAAUCCUUAAGCUUGCGCGGUGCAAAUGCAGAUUUGGCAGUCACUGACUUCAUGGGCGUGUCAAAGGCUAUUAUAAACAAUGUGCUCUUUUGCCAUCAAGAAGACUCCAGUUGGCCGCUGGAUGAGCCAAAGAAACUCAAAGGCAGAUUCGAUGCUAUUUUUGGUAUAACAGAGUACAAUAAGGCGCUGGAUAAAAUUAUUAAAAUGCGCAAAGAAGCUAUGGAGGAGUUGAAAGUGAUGGAGGCCAACAUGAAGCUGCUGUCCCAUUUAAAGGAAGAAAUGGAGGCAAAAACGCUCAGUCUGCAAAAAGAGGAACAGAAAUGCCAAAAGCUCAAAGAGCAAUGUGAGCAAUGCGAUGAGGAGGUUAAACCUGUAGAUGCGCGAUUGCUAGAAAUACGUAAAAUUGAAUACGAAAUUGGCAAAUAUCAGUCACAAAAGGUGGAAAUGGAUACCAAGCAUAAGAAUUGCUUGGAGCAGAUAGCCAAGCUAAAGAAUCACAUUAAAGAGCUUUUUCCAGGAACCAUGUCUGAACUGGAAUUGGAGAUACGCAGCUUUGAUCAGCGCAUGAGUGAAAUGCGUUUUCAACGCGAUGAUAUGAAUGAGCAACUAAUAAAACUUAAGCAAUCAAAUACGGAUUGCCAAAAGACUUUAACUGCGCAGGAUAAAAAACGUAGCAUGGCGCUACAGCAGCUUGAAAACGAAAAGGAGUGCAAGUCACAGCUGAGCAAACGCAUCAAUAAUCUCUGUGAGCAAUUGCAAAUUGAUGUGGUUGGCAAUCCAGUGGAUAAUGCUGAAAAUUUAAAAAGCUUGCUGCACGACAUUGAAGACAUGCUAAUGAGCAAACAAUGCGAAAUAACAGAACUGAGUGCGCAAAACGAUCAAGCAGAGCAGUCACGCCAGACCAAAAUUGAUGAGCUGCGCACUGAGGUGACCAAGUCAGAGCAGAGCGUAGUUUCACAGGAGAAGCAAAAGCAGGAUAGCGAGCGAGAAAGUGAUACACUGGAGAUAAAAAUUAAACAAAUUGAAACGUCGCUGCAUCAGCUCAAAGUGCUGGAGAAACAAAUUGCAGACACAGAUGAAAAGUUUGAACGUGCCACACGAGCGUUUAACAAAGAAGCUAUCCGUGAGGCUUUAAUGACUAAAAAGAACGACAUAGCUAAGAAGCAAAAGCGUUUUAAAGAACUCGAUGAGCAGCUAACAAAAUUAAAUUCCAUAACACAGCUAAUGGCAGAGAUUAAUCUGAAAGAAAAGGAGCUGGAAAAGAAAACGCAGGAGAUAAAACGCGUGCGCAGCAAGCAUAGCGAUAACUUUGGCAAAUUUAUUAAGGAACCCAUUACCAACAAUUAUCGCCGUACAGUGCAAAAUACGUAUGAUAAGCUGCGUCGUGAGAUUCAAGAAUUAAAUGAGAGCGCAAAUGCGCUAAAACUCAAAGAGCAAUCGCACAAUAUAAAGCGCAGUAAUCUGGUUGCGGACAUAUCGCGCAUGGAGAAAGAGCAGCGUGAGUUCCAGGAGCAAGUCUACGAAAAGUGUCACUCUACGCCGUAUGAUGAGCUGCUAUUGCGCAGCAAAACGGCCAUAUCGAAGCAUCAACUGGAGCAUGGCGCGCUCAUUUCUGCAGAGGCCAUGUACAAAAAAUAUAUACAAAAAAUAAACGAGGAUCCCAAUUGUCCACUAUGCCAUCAUAACAUGUCUGGGGAUGAGGCCUGUGAUUUAACCACAGAGCUCACUGAUGAAAUACAAAAGCUGCCAGACAAUAUAAGCAGAGCAGAGAAAGCUUUGAAAGCAGAGCAACUAAAAUACGAUAAUCUGUUGCAAAUUAAGCCCACCAUAGAUAAGGUAAAGGAGCUUGAGGAGUCACUGCCCCAAAAGCGUGAGGAGCUGCAGAAAAUAGAAAAACUGCGUAGCGAGACUGCCGUUGAGCAUGAGACAAUAAUAGCGCUGCUUGGUGAGCCCACAAGCAACAUGGAGCUGGCUUACGGCAUGUUGAAUGAUAUGACGUUGCUGGAUGAAGCACUAAAGGAGUCCGGUCGUGUUACAAAGGAAUUGGAAAACUUAAAGCUUAAAUUGCCAGCUGACUAUGACAGCAACGUUUCUGCAGAAGCUCUGCAAGCAGAGAAAACUGCAGUCUCCAAGGAGGUGGAAGCGGAAUCAGAAUUAUUGGAAAGCAAUCAGAAAGCCUAUGAUGAGCAAACGGAGGCUUUAAAUCGCUUGCGUGAAUUUAGAAAUGGUUUGAAGGAUAAGCGCAUACAGCUGCAGGAUGGCGUGCAGAGCUUGCCACAGUUAAAGGAACGUCUCGAUGAACUAACAAAGCUGCUAAUAACUGUUACCAGAGAAAUUGCCGAAUUGAAAGCCAAGAUACAGCCGCUUAAGCAUAAUCUAAGCGCUGCUAUUGCUGAAAAGGCGCGCUUGAAGGAAAUCGAACGUCAAAAGUUAGCCGAGUUGAACAAGAAGUUUAAUGAAUACAAAAGCACUGAUCAGGAUAUACAAAGAUUGAAGAAGCAGGCUCAAGACUUUGCCAAAUUGAAGCUUGCUGCUGAAAUAAGUUCGCUGGAUGCAACAAUAAAAGCUACAAAAGAGCAGCUAAGCAAAUUGGAUUCGGAAAUAACUUCAAGCAGCGACAAGCUAGAAAAGCUCAAGACAGACUGCCAUAAUCAGCAGACACGUGAACGCGAUCUAAAGGAUAAUCGCGAGCUAAAACAGAUGGAGCAAAAGGAAGCUGAAUUAAAUGAGAAUUGUCAAGCGCUGGGCAAGCAGCUGGGCAAUCUGGACUUUCGCAGUGUAACCAAGGAGAAAAACGAGUUGAUUACAAAGAAGGAUGCAGCUUCCAUGCGACGUGGCGAGCUGCUGGGCCAGCUGGGCGAGAUCAACAAUCAGCUGACAAAGCUCAAGCGUGAAAUUGAAGAUCCCAAGUACAAGAAAUCGCUGCACAACUAUAGACGCGCUCAUUUCGAAGUCUAUGUACAGCGUUGUGGCAUUGAUGAUCUUGGCCAGCAUCGCGUUGCCUUGGAAUGGGCGCUAAUACAAUUUCACGCUGAGAAAAUGAACAACAUUAACAGUUUAAUACGCGAAUAUUGGCGCAUGAUAUACAGAGGCAACGACAUUGAUUAUGUACAAAUCAAAACGGAUGAAAUAGCGCAGGAGUCGUCAGCCGAUCGUCGCAAGAGCUACAAUUAUCGUGUGGUGCAGUCCAAGAAUAAUUCAGAGAUUGAAAUGCGUGGACGCUGCAGCGCUGGUCAACGCGUGCUGGCCUCACUGAUUAUACGCAUGGCGCUGGCCGAAACAUUUAGCGCCAACUGUGGUGUGCUAGCACUGGAUGAACCUACGACCAAUUUAGAUCGCGAUAAUAUUAUCUCGCUAUGUGAUGCGCUCAAUCGCGUUGUGGAGAAUCGCCAGUCAAUGGCAAACUUUAUGUUGAUCAUAAUUACCCAUGACGAGUACUUUAUAUCGUCCUUGGGCAGAAUAACCAACUAUCAUCGUGUGCUGCGCAAUUCCGAAUGCAAGUCUUGUAUACAAAAGGUGCGCGUUGAUGACAAAUAGUUAUAGCAAUUAACAUUCCGCUGCCAUACGAAUUGCUUUGCAGUAUU